CGCUCCCGCCGCCCCACACGGACACUGCGCGCCCCCGCCGCCGCCCCUCAGGCAGAGCCGUCCGCAGAGCCCUGUUGGAAGCUGGCACCUGAGCAGGAGCUGCUGCGGGGGAAGGAUGCUCAGGGAUUCCAUGAAGUCCUGGAGCGACAGCCAGUCCGACCUGUACAGCAGCGACCAGGAGGAGGAGGAGCAGAUGAUUUUUGGRGAAAAUGAAGAUGAUUUGGAGGAGAUGAUGGAUUUAAGUGAUUUGCCUACCUCACUCUUUGCUUGCAGUGUUCACGAGGCUGUGUUUGAGGUAGAGGAGGAGAAGGAAAGGUUUGAAGCACUUUUCACAGUCUACGAUGACCAGGUGACAUUCCAGCAGUUCAAAAGCUUCAGGAGGGUGAGGAUAAACUUCAGCAACCCCGAGGCAGCAGCACGGGCACGGAUAGAGCUGCACGAGACCGAGUUCAGUGGGAAGAAGCUGAAGCUUUACUUUGCACAGGUGCAGGUGUCCAGUGAAAUAGGGGACAAGUCCUACCUCCUUCCUCCACAACCUGUGAAACAGUUCCUGAUUUCCCCCCCUGCCUCUCCCCCAGUGGGGUGGAAACAGAGUGAAGAUGCAACUCCUCUGAUCAAUUAUGACCUGCUCUGUGCUGUCUCCAAGCUGGGGCCAGGAGAGAAGUACGAGCUGCAYGCAGGGACAGACUCCACUCCCAGCGUGGUUGUGCACGUGUGUGAGAGCGAGACAGAGGAGGAGGAGGAGAUCAAGAACCCCAAACAGAAGAUCCUGCAGACGAGGCGCCCAGACCCACCCCCCACCAUCCUGAGUGACUCCAAAGCCUUCGAGUGUGCCCUGGAGGUGGGGGGGACAAUGCCCUGCUAGAGCUGAGCUGCUCCAGGUUGUACCAACACCAGGCACCCAACGAGUCCAUGUGUUGCUGUCUGUGCUGCUGCUAUAGGUCACAACAGAUCUGACUUGUAGUUGUCUCUCAUGUUCAAGAUUUUGGAUGCCAAUGCUCUGAAAAGCACUUUAAUUUUAGGGACUAGUCCCCCCUGAGUGUAGCAAAUCCACCUGACUUGAAAUAGUGACAGUUAGGGAGUCUGGYUGUGUUUUGGUUUUUUAAGGUGUUGCCCUUUCCUCUCUGUUGUACAGUGUGAUGUUCCAAGUGCUGAAAUAAUCUCUUCCUGUCACGAGUGGGUUCCAGCAAGUUCCUUGUACAGCAGUUCAAUGCUGGUCUGUCCAACAGCUUCCAGUAAAUCUAGAGUUAAACACRAGUGAAAUGCACUCUUUAUGCUCAAAUUCCUUGCCAGCUGAGGUGAAGGUGAACCUUUGCUUUUCUCAGAAAUGCCAAGUGUGUGUUUGUAAUUUGACAUGAGGCACAAAUACAUGGAUGGAGCUGAAUUCAACAGGGAGGAGAACACCAGGGGAAGAACCUCAGAGUCUGUCACCAACACUCCUGYUCUGGUGCCUGUGGUGUGCACUGACACCUCAUUAGGAGUUAAUUAAUUACAGYAGUAGAGUGAAAUACGGAUCCAGCUGUUGAAUGCAUUGUGUGUGAUCCUCUGUGACAAUCUGGGGAUGUUUAUUCCUCUCCAGUCCUUGGGACAGCCUCCACAUACGAAUAAAUUCAGUGACUGUUAGGUGCUGGCAGGAGCUAAACCAUCCAAGGRUUAAUUGUUACCUUCUCCAGUCUGUUUUGUAUUUUCAAAGACAAUCAGUUGCCUGGCUUAGCCAGUUUUUAUGCAGUUUCAGCCCUUGUUUGCUGUUUUUCAUGAGGACCUUUUCUGUGUGGCCUCCUGUGUGUCUGACAGAGCAUCUGCUGCUUCUGAGACCAGGAUGCAUCUUUUAGAAUACAGAUCUUUGAUUUUGUGAUCUUGUGUUAAGUGUUUUAGUAGGAGGAAAAUAUGCCUUGGUAUAACAACACCUGCUCCUGUGCUUUUAUGCUAUUUUAUAGCCUAACUUUUUUAGUCUAGACAGAUUCUUCUUUUUUUCUAUUUAAAAGGAUAAAAUGAUUUGUGAACAAACCAGGCUGCUGAUGUUCCUGUGUAGAAAUCAUUCCAAAAUUCAGAAUUUUCAGGCUCAUUUCAGUGUGUUUCAGUUACACAUGACAUGCUUUGUGAACUUCCAAAAGUGUUUUCACUUGACUGACAGCAGGGGGCAAAUGAAUGGGCAGGGAUUCUCAUGGAUGGGGAGRUUUUCAGCUCAGGAUCCCUCCUGCCACCAGCUUCAAAAUGGGAYCCUGCAGGCAGCUCCUUGCUCCAGAGGCAAGUACAAAGGUAGGGASAUGGGGUUUGUCCAUCUUGGCUCCACAGGUGUGGUGUUUAUGUAUCUCUUCAGGUAUUAAAAUCACUCCAAAUCCAGCUUCAGUGUCUCACUGUUCCAUGGUAUUAAAACAGAAGUAAAAAAAAAA